AAAUCAAAUUGUAGAAAUUAAGUACAUACUACUUAUCAAUUUAAUAUUUAUUAAAAUAAUUGUUAUAGUUAAUGCUUCGUAGAGUGAAAUCUUAAUUUAUACUUUAAAGUUAAGUCUAGUGUUGCAUUGUUUGCAAAAUGUGUAUGGCAAAAAGAAUCGUGAUUUUAUACGGUAGUCAGACCUAUACAUCACAAGAAAUUGCAGAGAGAAUCUGGCGCACUACAAAAAUCUUAGGGCUUAAAGGACCGGUGCAGGCCAUGGAUGAUUUUCCAAUCUCGAAGCUUAUCCACGAACAAUAUGCCCUAUUCGUUUGUGCAACAACUGGCGAAGGAGAUGAGCCAGACAAUAUGAAGGCAUUUUGGAAGUUCUUGCUGCGAAAAAACCUCCCAUCUAAUUCUUUAGUGAAUCUCAAGUUUGGAGUGAUUGGUCUUGGUGACUCAUCAUAUGAUAAAUUUAAUUUUGCAGCCAAAAAACUUCAUAAGCGUCUCUUGCAAUUAGGGGCGCAGCCCUUACUGGACACUGCUCUCUGUGAUUAUCAACAUGACUUAGGACAUGACGCUGUUUUGAUCCCAUGGCUUGAAAAGUUCUAUGCAAAAUUAAACACAGCACAAAAAAUUGACCCAAAUAUUGGAGUAACAAAGUUUGUUCCACGUUGGAAAACAACAAUAAUUAAAAAUAACAUUACUAUGAUGUCUGAAUGUGGAUUAAAUAAAGAUAUGUACUUUGGAAGUACAAACACUGAUCACUUUGUCAAUCCCAUAUACUUGGAAAUAGAAAGUAAUUCUCGUACAACACAUGAAUCACAUUUUCAAGAUGUAAGAUUACUUUCCUUUAAAACUGUACAUAAAGAAAAAAUUAAUUACUGUCCUGGAGAUGUAUUUAAUAUAAGACCACGAAAUAGUAAAGAUGAUAUUGAGGAUCUGUUUGGAAUAUUUGAAACUCAUAAUAUUGAUAUUAAACCGCAUUACAUGUUAAACAUAGAAGAAUAUCAUGAAGACAUGCCAGUUCCUCAAUUUCUCAAACAACCCUUACCAAUGUAUGUGAUAGCAGAACAGUAUUGGGAUUUAAAAGCAUUUCCUACGCAAUAUGUCUUUUCUCUUCUAGCACUUAUAUCAGAUGAUAGGUUAGAGAGAGACAAAUGUAGAGAACUCAGUUCUGCUGAGGGACAGGAGGAGUGGCUAAGUUAUUGCAGGAGACCAAAAAGGACUAUUUUGGAGGUGUUACAUGACUUCCACAUAUCAGCAUCAAAUCUCACAAUAGAAGUGCUAUUUGAGUUGUUCUCCACAAUUAAACCUCGCUCCUUUUCUAUUGCAAGUAGUUGUUUACCAGGACAAGGUAAUUUAGGUUGUAAAAUAGAAUUACUAGUGGCUAUAGUGAAGUAUCAAACUAAGAUUAAAAAACCACGCCUGGGUUUAGGUUCCAACUGGUUGAAAGGAUUAAAUGUAGGUGACAAAGUGUUUGGUUGGAUUAAAAAAGGAGUUUUUAAAUUUCCUGCAGCGAAUAUACCAUUAAUUCUAAUAGGUCCAGGCACUGGCUUGGCUCCAUUCCGUAAUCUUAUUCAAGAAAGGGUAGCUCUCAAUAUUGCUGAUAAGAAUAUAUUACACCUAUUUUUUGGCUGUCGGUAUAAAGAUGGAGAUUUCCACUGUAGAGAUGAGUUACAAAUGUGGCAGAAAAAUGACAAGAUUUCUCUAUACUGUGCCUUUUCUAGGGACCAAGAAAAUAAAAUAUAUGUUCAACAUAAGAUAGUAGAAAACAAAGACAAACUACACAAUCUUCUGAUAAAUCAGGGAGCUUAUGUCUUUAUAUCUGGCAACUCCAAGAAUAUGCCUAAAAACGUGAAAGAUGCAUUUGUUGAACAUGUGUUGAAAGGAGUAGAAAAUGCUGAUAGUUUUAUGGAAAAUAUGGUUAAUAUUGGCAGAUUUCAAACUGAAACUUGGUAAUGCAGAAUGUUGGAGAAUAAGAUUACAAUUCAUAAUCCUCACAUUUUGUGUAUUUUAUAAAAUGUAAUGUUAAUAAUAAGCUCUUGAACUUU